ACUCAGCGAUGUACCGACACGAGUAGGAAUAUCUAUGCCAAUAUUGAUAUUAUUGAAGUUAUAUUAACAAUAAGCGUCAGAAGAUAUAGCAUAUAUAUCAGCAUAGAAUAUAAUAACCGUUGAGGUAUCCAUUACGACUCCACGAAGAAUUCAAGGUCCUUCGUCGAACAUGGAUCUGGAAAGAUUGAUCAAUGAAGUGUACGUCAGGCCAGCGAUCUGGGACCAGAAGAACACGAAUUACCAUAACCGUGAUAUAGUGACGAGGAUGUGGGGAGAAAUAGCCAAGGCUUGCGAAGUCAGUAGUGAGGUGGCCAAGUCCAAGUGGAAGCACCUGCGAGACAAUUUCAGGAACGAGCUGAAAAAGUCCUACAAGAUUAAGACCGACGAAGCCGGCACCCCGCCGAUCUUUUUGGAACACCAGUCCAAGUGGAUUUGGUUCAAGACUUUAUUGUUCCUGCGGGAUCAGAUGAACCCGAGAGUGAUGAACGCUGGACUGUCGCACCCUUCCGGGGUCCUGGUCUCAUCCGAGGACUCGCAAAUCGAGCCGCACAUCGACAUCCUCGAAGGACACGACGAGACCCAAUUCGACGAGGUCGACGCCGACUCUUGCCAGUCGUUGCUGUCCGUAGAGGAGAAUCUUCAGCAGGUGGUGAUGCCACCCCCUAAGAAGAACAAGGUGGGCCGGAAGAGGCAUCUCUCUGACAAUGUCGAAGACGAUCUUCCCGAGGCUGAAAGGAGGAAAUUUGAGCGCUCGCAGGGCAAAGCGGGCAAUCAGGAAGAAGAAGACGACACUUAUCACUUCCUGAUGAGCAUUGGCAACCCUUUAAGGAGUCUACCUCUGGAUAGGCAGAUGUUCCUCCGACUCAAGAUACAGGAGUUGAUAUUUAACGAGAUCUACUCGCAGAAUCAGUCCGAUAAAAAAUACCACACCCUGCAGAACCUGCAACAACAGAGGACAGAAGUGAGGAACGUCGCCGCUGCCGCGGCCAUUUUUCAAAACUGCUCCCCAGAUGACUGCUCGAGUAACGAUGCCUAUUAUAAUUAACGUACAAACUCGUAUAGAUUAUAGCGAUCUCGAUACAGAUACCGUUCGAAAUUGUGGAUUCGAAAGUUUUAAUUGAGGACCCCGAGAGAAGGAUCGCAAAAGCGUUGCAUCUCGUUUGUUAUCCUUCUACGACCUGUACAUAUUUAUAUCUAAGACUGAUAAGAGGAAGGCGUUCUAGGAAUUAAUGUAGCGUUACCGCUUUUAUAUUCAAAUCUUGUGAUUUGACUUUGUCGAUGCGCUUGGUUGGGAGGAAUAGUUCCUAUAUUUUAAUUGUAAAAUAUAGUUGUUCGUGAUAUUCUUAUUGGUGAAAAUUUACGCGGUUGGAUCCGAUGGCGUUGCAGUGAGGAUUAAGAAACUUUGGUUGGAAACUUUCCGAUAAGAAUCGUUUGGCACGUUUCAACGAUAUCGACUCUUGACAUUCUAUCCACUGGGUGGUGCGGAUGAUCGAUAAUUAAUUCCACUAAUUAAUUAGACCUCGUGGUAAAGCGUCUUUACGGCUUUCGGGUUUCAGCGACGACUGCAAUGGCGGAUCGACUCGAUUCCAAUGUACCUUUCCUGCGUUACAGCGACGCGGCAUUCAAACGCGUGGAUUGAAAAGACAGUUGUAAAAUCCACCGCGCUCGACCCGAUUGUAACUUUACAAGCCUCGAUGCGAACCGGUGGGUGCGGAACGUCGAAGUAUGACUCUUUUGAAAUCCCUCGAACGCUCGUUGUUUUUGUAUCGGAUUUCGCCAUGCGCGUACAUAGCGCACUCGAUGAUCGGACCGACGUUGAUUGCUCGCUGUCAAGUAACGAGUAAGAAUUUAUACCCCCCGGGUGAAAUUGAAAUUAAUUUUUGAGCCGACAAGUCCUUGAAAUUUUACGUCCGAAAAAUUAAACCCGACAUCGCUGGUUCAGCGCUUCUACGGUAUUAUUAAAACCUAUCGAUAAGGCGUUACAAUA